AUGGUAAAUAGAAAUGUUAUAAUUACAAUCGCAGUGGUUGUCACACUGAUUGUCGUGGCAAUCAUUGUCAUCCCAACUGCUGUAGUACUAUCCCGCAAAAAUAAUGAUGAGCCAGGUCCAAAUGGACCUGCCUACACCAUCAAGACCUUGAGAUUCGCUCAAACUCAUGUGAUACCUGCACAAGGCCUCAAUUGGAAGACCAGAAACAAUCAGACUACCGAACUCCAUUUAGUUGGUGAACGUGAUACUUUGGUGUUGGUCGAGUUUGAGGAUGUCAUUGAGCCAACUUACAGACCACGUCUCCAAGUUUGGUUGCCAACUGCCAACAAUCAAUCAAUUGUUGAGCUGGCCACAACCAUCGACAUGAACCUGCCCAUAGAGUUGCCGCCAACAGAGUCCAACGGUACCAUGUAUGGCGCCAACAACACAUACAGUGUGCGCCUUCCCGCCAAGUACGUCCUGCCACGCAUGCAAGUCACCUUCAAGAACAACCAUCACAACUCCACCGAGCCAGUUGCACCCAUCGUCGGCUUUAGUUCAUCGGCCUUCCUCUACGUGUUGCCAUUCUACUUGUUUGGCGCCGAUGACAACAACUCUGUGCCCUUUGAUCGCGUCAAGGUUGAGCGUCCCGCCGUAGUCCCAUUCAUCUACCAACAGUGGCCCGUGUCCAAGCUCUCGGUGGUCAAUCACGGCCUCGGCAAGAUGGUAUUCAAGACUCUGGUCCAACAUGAGACUGGAUAUGAUGCCAGAGUACUCGAGGACAAGGAUGAGAUUGUGUUGCAUGAUGGAUUCAAGUUGAUGGGCAUCGUGCUCAAUAUCAUCUCUGGUAUCUUUGCUGCCAAUGGUGAUGCAGGUCAGAACAAAUUGAUCUGGUCGCCCUUGAUGGCACUCAACAAUCAAUCAAAGUUCUCUGAUGCCGGUGGUGGUCUUGGAGGAGGCAAGAGAGGCACUGGAAGCGUGAGUGAUGGUGUAAUGAUCCACGAGAUUGGCCAUGCCCAAGGUCUUCCACAUGCUGGUGAAUGGUACGAUAAUGGUGGAUACCCUUACGUUAAUGGAAGUUUGAUUGGCUCUGCCUGGGGCUUCAACAUGGACACCAAUGAGUUCCUCACAAACCUCAUCCCCACCAACUCUUCCGGUUACAAGAACUGCAACACUAGCAAGGUUAUGCUUAAUAACAAAUGUGUGAAGCAGGAUCCAAUGCAGAGUGGCAGUGGCACCCAGGCCAAGGGCUACCCCUACGCCAUGUUUGCCGACUUCAACGUUGGCAAGAUCCAGAACUUCUUUGAGGGAGAUACCGUCGUCACCAAGGAUGGUGCCCACUCAAUCAGUGCGCUCAAGACAUUUGUUCCCGAGACCAAGUCCUACAUCCAGUGGGACAGCAUCGAUCUCAAGAACGUGCCAUUCAACAUCACCAACUCGACCAACGGCAUGAACGGAAUGGACGCUGGCAUGCCCGUCAUCUACGAUGUACCAGUCUACACCGUGUUCAUCCAGUACAUCAACGCGCCAACAUCGGCGUGCAAGGACUGCAGCAUCAUCUACCCGUUGGUCAAGUGGACCGGCAACCUGCUGCGCCACAUCGACCCGACCGACCCAGCUCAGAUCGCCCAGAUCCCCAUCGACAAGGGACCUCUGGCAUGGUAUUGCCAGGGCUCUGGCUGCGACUUCACACUGCGCGUGACAUACACCGACAACUCAAAGUAUGUAAAGUUGUUGCAGGAGGGUGUUCGCAAGUAUUACGAUGGAGAUGGUCCUGUGAACCCUGCCUGUCUGGACCCCAAGGACUCGGCAAGCACCUUCCUCUUUGUUGAGAACAUCCCCGCCAACAAGGACGCUCGUCUCGUCGAGUUGUUGUGGACUCCAUACGGAUACAACACAACCACACAAGCCAAUGCCAAGGUAUUGGUAUCUAAAUCAUUCUAA